UGGUGCGUGCAGCUUUCCCAAGAGGAAAUGAAAAGAAAAGAAGCUCAACGAGGAAAGAGAGAGAGCCAAAGCGGGGAGCACGCCAGAGAAGGAAACAGACUCGCAUCCUCUAACUCCAGUCAUAUCUGAGGCGAUCCCGCUUGGAAAGUGAGGGAGGAGAGAGAGUGAGAGCGCGGUCACUACCGCCGCCGCCGCUGUGCGCCCACAAACACACGCACACACACGCUUUUGCGGCAGCAGACCGCUGUGUAUUCGCCUGCUCUUUUGUGCCGGCAGCUGGGAUUGUUCUUGGCCCCGUCUGACCCCCUUGUCACACCCCGUGUGAGUGUGUGUGUGCGUUUGUAUGUGUGUGUGGGAGCGCGAGGGGUCCUGAAACGUGGACUGAACAGAGGGGAGGGUCACCGGUUCGGGUAUCCGGACGGGUCCGAGGCAUCUGAGGAAGAGGAGGAGGGAAACAUCUGCCCCCAAAACAGCUGGGUGGACAUGCACAUCAGCUCUUCUGUUGGGGGUCUCGGACUGACAUAGCCUCGGCCAAUCACAGCCUGAGUUAGAAGUGGCGGCCCAUAGGGGGCGUGAUGGCGGCCAUGCCGUUCGUCAGCGAGGGAAAGUGUGUGAGCAUGGAGUGGGACUUCCUACAUGGGCUCCUCGCCAAACCACCCACCUUACCCUGCUUGCAGAACUUGAGGAAGGAGAAGUCGCGCAAUGCAGCUCGUUCUCGGCGGGGUAAGGAGAACUUUGAGUUCUUCGAGCUGGCGAAGAUGCUUCCGCUCCCCGGGGCAAUUACCAGCCAGCUGGACAAGGCCUCCAUCAUCCGCCUCACCAUCAGUUACCUGCACAUGAGACACUUUGCCAGCCAGGGAGACCCACCCUGGAGCCCUCUACGGGAGGGAGGGAACAACUGCAACAAGGUGCGAAGAACAAGUCAUUCGCUGGUCACUGACAUAUUUGAACAGCACCUGGGAGCUCAUCUACUACAGUCUCUGGAUGGAUUUGUGUUUGUGGUCAGUCAGGAAGGCCGAUUUCUGUAUAUCUCAGAGACUGUGUCCAUCUACCUUGGCCUUUCACAGGUUGAGUUGACUGGCAGUAGCGUGUUCGAUUACAUCCACCCUGCGGAUCAUGUUGAGAUGGCGGAGCGUCUUGGCAUUAGGCCACACCUCCGGGCAGAGGCAGGCUGUCAAACGUCCCAUGAGAGCGCUUCAAGCUCCGCCUCCACAUCCUCACUGGCCGGCACUCCAGAACCAGCAUCAUCUAGUCCCUGUUCUCCAGUCAGUGAGUUAUCAGAACGUGGCUUUGUCAUCAGGAUGAAAUCUACCCUCACCAAGCGUGGCCUCCACAUUAAAUCCUCGGGCUAUAAAGUGAUUCAUGUGACAGGUCGGAUUCGGUGUCGGCCAGCUCUGGUGCCAGGCUCCUCCCGCCCCUUGCAUCGACCAAUGGGAUUGGUCGCUCUGGCUCACACGCUUCCGCCCUCCACGCUCAAUGAGGUGCGCAUGGAAAGUCACAUGUUUGUCUUCAGAGUCAACAUGGACCUGCAGGUCACCUACUGUGAGAACAGGAUUUCGGAGUAUAUGAACCUGAGCCCAGCUGAGGUGGUUGGACGUACCUGCUACCAUUUCAUCCAUGCAGAAGACCUGGACACCAUCAGGCAGAGCCAUGCAGACUUGCUGCGGAAAGGGCAGGUUGUGACGGGGUACUAUCGCUGGCUGCAGAGGAGCGGAGGCUAUCUCUGGAUUCAGUCCUGUGCCACCGUGUCCAUUAACCACAAAGCGCCCCAUGAGCGUAACGUCAUCUGGGUCAACUAUGUGCUCAGUCAAUCAGAGCUGGCAGACAUGCCUCUGGACUUAUUACAACUCCCAGAAAGCCUGAGGGCAGAGCGGCUUCAAGCAAGCUCAUCCCCACGCGACACCUCUCCAAAGGCACAAGGCUCCACAGGGACACAGCCAUUGAAAGGCAGGACUGAGACAGACCACAAGGGGAAGGAAGCCUUCUCGCACACUGCUGCCAGCCAAUCAGAGAACACCAGGAAGAGAUCGCACCAGUCUGAUGCUGAAAGCGGUCCUCGUGAGGCAAGGAGGCGGAUGGAGGUGUUCCGGCAGAGAGAGGACAGCCCAUGUACCUCCUCAGACCAAGCCAGCGACAGCGAGGUGGAAGAGGACGAUGAGAGGGAGAGCGAGUGGGACCACAACCCCACCAGCAAACGGGUGAAAAGAGAAGAGAGGCCGUUGAAACAAGGCAAUGGGGCCAAUGGAGCAGGUAAAAUCCACAAUGGCCGUGCAGUGAUCCAGCAUCUUAAGAGUGCGGUGACCAGUUCCGGGUCGAAUAUUAAGACUGAACAAGAAGUGAUGGGAACAAGUGUAGGCCCAGGUUCUGGGAGGCGCUGGAGCCAAGCUCAGCCCAGCAGAGGAGGAACCAAUGGCAGCAGUCCACCUUCCCAUCCUCAGAAUUCCACCCCGACAGAAGCUUCAUCCAAGGGUCUGUUCAACCCCCCCUCCCCAACCCUGUCGCCACCCAUCCCUGCCUCGUCCUUGCCCAGGGAUGAUCGGUCUAUCCACGGAGGGUGUGCUCCGGACUUUGAACUACUGCAGAGACUGACUGCAAGUGGGGCUGCAGGACGUGUUUUCUUUCACCCUCUGGCUCUUGGCCCACAGGGGCCCCAGAGUCUCUAUGCUCCCAGCACUAUUCGCUACGCCCCACCUGAGAUGCCUACAGCUCACGCUGAAGGGCACCACUCAGACCAUGUGGCCAAAACUCCCGCUUUCUUUCCCCACUUGCAAAGGAUCGCAUCUCUGCCUCCCUUUAAUGGUUUUUCUCCAGCUGAACCCACUUUUCCUCCAACUUUGCCCUUCUGUAUGAACGGACUGAGGGGGGCAGCAGGGACAGAUGAGGAUUGAGGGACAAAGACAAAGAGAGGAAAAAAAAUGUAAAGGCGAGUUGGAAGAGGUCGUAAAGGACAGGACACAACGUUGAGAGAGGAACUGCAGAAGAACUUGAGGUUUUUCAAACAGUCUUCCUAGCAUCCUCUCCAGACUUUGCUCUGUUAAUUUGUUAAAGUGUGUCUUCCUCUCUCUGGACAAGCAGUCAAAGCCAUAAUGAACAUAUGAAGGACAUCAUGCAACGUUCACAAAGGGGCCAUCAUUGAGGCCUAAACCACUGAAAAUACAGGGCCGUCAUGUGAAAGGAGAGCCAAGGACGUUGUCCUGGAUCCUUUGAUAAGGGAUGCAUACAAAUGUCUUCGACCCCUAGGGAGAUGGGCCCACCUAUACAUUUUUUCCAAGUCCCCAUGACUUAAGAUUUAAGAAACCACACAGGAAUAUGCAAGUAUGGACAAAAGCAGAAUGGCGGCUAUUGCCAAAUAAGACAUUCCUAAGGAAACAAUACAUAAGAAAGCACAGUCCACAGGUCCCUGACUGAGGGGUCGUACUGAAAAUAAAGAUUAGAACUUUUGAACAGUGUAGAAUUUUCAUUUUUGUAUAAAAAAGAACUGUCUUUAAACAUCUAAAAAGAAUUAUUUGAAAAAUGAUUAAUUCAAGGUCAUAGCCAUAUAUAGAUAACGCUGAGUUGCGAGACUCCAUACAUGCAAAUGCUCCAAAAUAUUUUUUUUUUCCACAACUCAUGAGUAAAUAUCAUGGACUAAUCUUCCUAUAAGACAUUUGGGGGUUUUGGGGGGUGGUGGUGGUAAGUGUGUCUAUUUGUCAUAUAUCAUGUCCAAGCACUUAUAGUAUAUUGUUGCAUACACGUAGCACUUCAUCCAUGGCCAGACAUUCUAGUUCUCCUACUGUAAAAACCACAAGAAUUAAGUUUACAGUAGUUGUGCAAGAAAUGUGACGAUGAUUCCGAAAACUAAAGUGUGGAGAACAUUGUCUGUUAUAUAAAGGUGAAAUGUUUUAUUUUAAAAUAAAAUAUACACUGGUCUUAUAUCACAAACUUUGUCAUAAACAUGUCCAGGUC